AUGGCGGUGGAUAGGGCGCGCGUAUCGGCCAACAUGGCCAAGUGGCGGAAGGCGGCGAGGAUGGUCGGGCGGACCGCCGCGGGGUUGGACGUCUGGCAGAGGAACGCCCGGGAGCGCCUCCGUCUGCGACGGGAGGCGCUCCUGAAACCCCCCGCGAGGCGGACCGAGGCGGACGUCGUGCUCCUCGAGACGGUGCUGUCGCGGGUCAAGUUCGUCCGCGAGCUGACGAUGAAGACGAGGAUGGACCUGUGCAAGCUGACGGGGUACGCGAGCUAUGGAGCCGGGGAGACGCUGUUCCGUCAAGGAGAUGCGGGCGAAUUCUUCUACGUCGUGCUGUCGGGGAGCGUGGACGUUUUCAUCAGGGACCCGGGCGGGCGGGAGCACCUGGUGGCGACGCUGUUCAACGGAGACUCGUUCGGGGAGCUCGCGCUGAUGCAGGAGGGCAACACGCGCGGCGCCACCAUCGUCGCCAAGGACGAUUGCGAGUUUCUCACCCUCGGCCGCGAGGACUACGGCGCGAUCCUCCGCACGCAGAGCGAGAAGUCCAUCUCGGAGAAGGUGGCGCACCUGCGCGCCACGCCGAUGUUUCGACACGUCGAGCACGACACCGUGCAGUCGAUGGCCUACGUCCUCUCCGCGAGGACGUACCCGAGGAACGCGUUGGUGUUCAAACAGGGCGAGGAGGUCGAGGACGUGUACUUCAUCGCCGAGGGCGCCGCGCGACUGGUCCGCGAGAUCGAGAACCGGGAGACUUUACGACGCGCGGGGGUGACGCGUCGUGGACCGGGGUGCGUGUUCGGGAAGCCCGUUCGGGGGAUGGGGGGCGCGUGGGACGAGCCACCGACGCCGCCGGGUCUGGCGAACGAGUGGCUGGACGCGAACGAGGAAGGCGAGGACCGGUUCGCUCCGGAUGCGGCUCGGGAAUCAAUCGACGACGCGACUCCCCUUCCCGGGGGCUCGAGGAGGACGUCCGCGACCGUCGGCGCCAACGAGCUCGCGGCGGCGAGCGUGGCGAUGGCUGACGUGUCGUUCGGGGACAGCAGCGACGACGAGGAUGGCGAUUUCGACGACGGCGCGUCCGCGACGUCGAGAUCGUCGCGGCUCUCGAGGGAGAGCAGGAUGACGGACAUGGAGAGCAGGUUCCGCGGAUCUUUCGCCGCGGCGCUCUCCCUAGGCGGCGGCGGCGGCGGCGGCGGUGGCGGCGGCGGUGGGGGUGGUGGCGGCGGCGGUAGGGGCGGGGGCGGGGCGUCGUCCAUCAAACCCCGGCCGAGGUCGCCGUCGUUUGCUCCGUCGGAGAAGGCGGCUCGCGAGGGACUCGGUCGGCUGUUCCUCGAGGUGGGAUCGCUCGCGAAAGGGGACGUCUUCGGGGACACCGUGCUGACGCGCCGGUUCGCGCAGCCCGCGAGCGUGAUAACCACGGCGCCGACGAGGGUGUACGUGAUGAACAAGUGGGACGUGUUGCGACGGGCGGACGCGGGAACGGUGGAGAAGUUUCGGCGCGGGGGAGCCAAGACGCUGAGGGCGUGCUCGGUGGACGACGAGGCGCUCCUCGAGGAGUUUCGGGUGGGACAGGAGUGGGGUCGGUACCGGACGUCGAUGGUGGAGCGAACCGUCGAGGUGCAUAAGGGUCUCAAGGCGCUACGGAGGUGA